AUGGCAGAUAGACAAACAAGGUGGGAAGGACCACCAGGGAAAAUAAAGAAUACCAAAGAAUCAGUAGGAAGCGCGACAGCAUCAAGUUCGGAUGAUGAGGACCCCGGAGAAGCCUGGAUGAAGGCACCAGCUGGUACUGUGGCUGUGAGGAGUGGGGAGGAUGCUCUUCUCACCUGCGUGGUGCUUGGUGCCAGGGGGAAACCAGUGCUUUGGAGGCGCGCCAGGGAUUCACUGCUUCUGACUGCUGGUGGAGUCAGGGUCACGAGAGACGACAGGAUCAAUGUACUGCAUGAUGACUCGGAUGAGCCCCUCCAAGGUCCCGGUAUACGCAAAGGUGGAGACGUUUGGGCGCUAGUGAUAAAAUCAGCGAAGUCCUCCGACGCGGGUCUGUACACGUGUGAACUGAACACACAGCCUCCUGUGAGAAGUUUCCACAGACUUUCAGUUAUUUCACGAGGCCUCACUCCUCCCGAAGCUCAAAACACAACUGACCAAUACUCAGCAAACAAUCCAACUCUCUCGACAGUGGCUUUAGCCCACAACUACACAGAUUGUUGCGUCAACGCGAAUGUAUCCCGGGGAUGUCUAGGAUUCUGCAGCAUCCAGACGAUUCUAGAAGGAACCGGACAGGAUCCGGAAACCUGUCAACCUGACUUCCCAUCUAUUGUCAAAUGUAUGGCAGAUGGUAGAAAUCACGUACCAUGCUGUAUCCAGGAGAAGGUACCAGAUAUCUGCCAGGACGUGUGUCGUGGAGAGUUCACGCCUGUUACCGAUAAUAUUAAAACGCACUACUCUUGCGCAUCCUAUAUGGAGAGGACUCUUGCUUGUAUUGUAGAAGGCAUUGAACUCCUCCCAAGCCCACCAGAAGACGUCGAAGUUGAGCCGAUAAGCGAGAAGCAGCUGAACGUCUCCUGGAGUCCACCAACAGAGAACACAGACACGGUCACAGAAUAUGUUGUCAAUGUUACGACAUUAAGAUCAUUUGAUGCCCACUUAAUAGACCCCUCAGAGAGCUCAAUGCAAAAUAAUACAAUGAAAAUGGGGACAUUCACGAUCAUCAAAGUGUCUAAAGAGAAGAACUUUUUAGCGUUAAACGAUUUGCUGCCCUUUACAAUGUAUGAAAUAACAGUAACGUCGUAUAAUAUCCAUGGAUCGAGUCUGCCAAGUUAUAGUGUGAGGUCUUUAACUCUAACACCUGGCAAAAUGAAGCCAACAGCAGUAGCAGCAGCUCCGAAACUUCCAGACGUUAAAAGCUGUUGUCUCGCAGCCGGAAUGAACCAUUAUGGAUGCGUUGACAAACUCUGCGACCCCACCAAAACCUUUGAGAUAGGUUUACAGGUGACAGAUUUGAUGAUCUGUGCCCCAUGGGCUGGAGUCACUUUCGGGUGUCUCGCGAAUGGCAUGGACCACACACCCUGCUGCCGGUCUCGGGGUCUACCCGAAUCCUGUCUCGCCUUGUGUAGUGGAAAUAUUACUAAUCUGGAUUUUAACCACUUUAAAUGUCUUCGCUUCAUGUCUGGCUACACCAACUGCCUCCUGCAAGGCUACGGGGUCCUCCCAGGCCCCCCAACCAAACUGCACCUUACAAACAUCGACACUGAUUACGCAGUUGUUCAUUGGUCUGCGCCCGCGGCGUUGGCGGAUACUGUACAGUUUUAUAACAUACACUUCAAAGCUUUACAACUGGAAGACGAUUAUAGGACGAUAGAUGCGGUCCAGUCACCUUACAUUUUGGAAGAUUUGGAAUCAAACACAGAUUAUGAGAUUUAUGUCGAAGCUGUCAACGAACACGGAUUGGGUGAAGCAUCGCCAAGGCUGAUAUUUAGGACUCAGAGUAUUGCUAUAGAAGAAGAAGUGGAAGUAGCAAACGCGUACAAUGUGACACAGUGCUGCGCGAAAGUCCAAGUAGCUUCUGUCUGCAUGUCUCUCUGUUCAUACGAUGCCAAGAUGUCCGAUUUGAGGAAGCUUGCACCGCUCUGUGCGCAGGAGUUCCACAAAUUACUUCGCUGUGGUGCCGGAGGUCGGAAUCACGAAGCGUGUUGUGCACGACGCGGUGUGCCGCCAUCUUGUCGUGGCGUCUGCGCAGGUGCAUAUCGUGGUGGCGUCAACACCUGCGUCUCAUAUAUUGGAAAUAUUGUGCAAUGCUUUGAAGAAGGAACUGGUAAUCUACCCGGCCCGCCCAGGGAACUCCAUGCGGUGGUUUCCCAUGACAAACUCUUCCUGGACUGGACACCACCACAAGACGGAGCCAAUGCGACCUACUACGUGGUACAUUGGCAGAAAGUUGACAACAAUUCGCAACCCUACUACUUCAAUACACUGCAAUUGGACAGUCAAAUGCAAGUUAACGAAACAAAAGUACGUCUGGAAGGUCUGGAAGUAAACUCCACUUAUCAUUUGUUCGUGGUAGCAGCCAACGAGUAUGGAACAUCAUUACCAUCUAGUAUGCUGUUGUUGAACAUCACUGAAGAUGUUGUGAAUAAGGAGGUGACCGGAAUUCCAUCUCCACCUCACUCUCUCUCCGUGUCUUCUCAUUCAGCAACCUGGCUCACAUUGAGCUGGCAGCCACCACUCUUCUCGCAACCUGAUGAGAAAAUAACUUACACGCUUUUCUUCAAAUCACCAUCACAACUGGUGUACGGGCAACGUAACAAUCAUAUCAACCACUGUUCCUGCGCAUACGCUUGA